CAGUACGGACAUAUUAUUCGAUGCGCUUUGAAGUCCCUCGAUGUUAUUUUAAAUUUUAUCAAUAAAAUAUAUUUAAAAAAAAAACUUUAUGAAUUAAAAAAUAUAGGUACAUACUUUUUUGAAUUAAAAAAUAAAUUAAUUUAUUAUUAGUUGCAAUGUUUCAAACAGGACGCGUAAGUUUAAACGGUCGACUUUGGAUGCAGUUGUUGUGUUAUUCUGUGAUGGUCCACAGUGUGCUGUGUUAGUGAGCCAUGAGGCUUUUUUCCGUACAUUUAUUGUGUGUGUUCUCACAGCCAUGACGUCACAGGAGCGUAACAACAUUUUCUCCGACGAUGACGAGGAUUUGCGCCCUCGACAACAAAGUAUCGGUGGCGUGCUGAGACGAGAGGGAAACUGGAAGUGCUUUCUCCUCACGCUGAUGAUCGUUGGCUGUCUGGCCUCUGUAACUUGGUGCAGCACUGCUGAAAUCGAUAGAGAACUUAUUGAUCUAAAUACUUUUAUGUCCAUCAGGUACCCAAUAAAGAGGACAGUACGUGAGUCCCCCUGCGAUGUCGGCUACGCUUACAUUCCAAUUGCCUUCGUUCUGCUGCUGUAUUUGGUGUAUUUGGUCGAGUGUUAUCAUAGCACAGCGAGGAUACAGUUAGCAAGACGUGUGGAUGUAACCGCAGUGAGCGCACGAGUCCAUGCGAUGAGGAACGCCAACCCGAGAGUCUGGUGGAAAGCUAUUUGCUACCACUACGUGCGUCGAAAGCGGCAAGUCACGCGAUACCGCAAUGGCGACGCUUACACUACAACUCAGGUAUACUACGAGCGAGUAAAUACGCAUAGCGCAAGUACGUCAUUUGCACAUGCCUGUUGUGGCCAACGUGAUGCUUCGCGGAAUCUAGUUCUAGAUUCGAAAACCCCCAUCACAAAGGUCCGCUUCAGCAAAGGAUUCGCUUUCGCGAACAUUGAGGCUGCCAGUGAAUUUGAAGACCAAAGGUCAAGAUUUUUUGCAGAACAUGAAAGGUUCGACGACUUCAUGGAAAUGCGUGAGGGAUUAGAUUUAAUAGGUGUUAGUUCAUUCAGGGAGUACAUGGUAGCAUAUAGGGAAGCUGAUCGUUGUCCUUGGUAUUCAUCUCAACUUCUUUUUUGGACACUUUCCUGUAUUCUUCUCUCCUGGCCUCUAAGAAUUGUUAUAGAAUGUAAUACAGCAUAUGUCCAUUAUACGAUAACAAAAAUAUUUGGCACGAACUACGAAUUAGACCCUAGUCGACAAUUAGAUUUAGACACACAUUUAUCUGACACUUUACCGCCAGUCCCUGCAACAAAUUACUCCUGGGCACUGGCUGAUGAGCAAAGCGCCGUCUUAUGUGCUGCUUCCAGACCUCCACGUACUCUUCCACUUUCACAUGCAUCUACUGUGGAUAGUCUCGAACUAUUUGCAGCCAUCCGAGGCAACUGUGCAAUUGUACCGUCAUACUCAGAAGCUAUGCGUAUCGAUGCUGCUCUUAGAGAAGACCCAGCGGAAAAUACAUCUAACGCAGGUGUUCUUAUUGACAUCGAAGGUGAACCAAGAACUAACAGGCCUGCUAUAAAAGCAGCAUCUUUCGAUGAACCAACAAGGAGACCACGAGUUACUAUAGCUGGGACUCAUUCAAGUCAUAACAUUGCUGGUAGCUCUAGAUCUCAUGAAGCUAAACAGCAGAAUAGAAGAUCUUGGGCAGGUGUAUUAACAUCUGCUAGAAGUGCAAGGCAAAUUCUGGAUGACUUAACAAAUAAUCCUGUUACUUACGAACCUAUACCAGAAUCACAAGUAAGAAGAAACGGAGAAAAUACUUUAUAUUUCUCUAGGGAAUUGUCACCGACGUGUUCAAGAGAUCCGUUUGGGGGUCGUGCUCAAACUACGCCCACGGAUGAACCGCCAUCAUACGAAGAAGCUUUAAAGUUACCUGCCUUAAAGAAGUUAACAAGAUCAAUAACAGGCACGGAUUUAGCUGGACCUAGGAGAGCAUUUUUAAAGGAUGUAUUAGCAAAUAGAAGAUCAUGUUUGGAAGGUGUUGGUGUACUGGCAGGUGCUAAAGUUGUUAGAUUGCCAUAUAGUGAGUCAGGCGAAGAAACGCCUCUAUAGCGCUGCUAUGUUAGUUUUACUGACUUUUUAUGGUGCAAUAAAAUGUUAAUAUAAAUACUCGAGAUACUCGUCUAAGAAGUAUAGUUAGAAUCCAUACAAAGUGAGAUACCAGUCUAGUUAAAUUUAAUACUUUUAUUAGGUUAUUUAUAUGCUUCGGUAUUGCAACGCACUUUAAGCUUGCCCGUUUAUACAUAACUGUAAUUACACGGUAGCUUCAAAAGUUAAUGGAAUUGAUUUUUUUCUACAAUAAUUUAUAUGCCAGAUACAUUUAAUAUAGUCGUUAAUUUCUACAAUACUGGAAGUCGGAAU